AUGACGCCAGUGUCCAUUGUUGAUGGGGAUGGUAACAUGACGUCAGUAGUCAUGGUUGAUGGGGACGGUAAUAUGACGUCAGUGUCCAUUGUUGAUGGGGACGGUAACAUGACGUUAGUGUCCAUGGUUGAUGGGAACGGUAACAUGACGUCAGUGUUCAUAGAUGAUGGGGACGGUAACAUGACGUCAGUGUCCAUAGAUGAUGGGGACGGUAACAUGAAGUCAGUGUCCGUGGUUGAUGGGGACGGUAAAAAGGCGUCAGUGUCCAUGUUUGAUGGGGAUUGUAAAAUGACGUCAGUGUCCAUGGUUAAUGGGGACGGUAACAUGAAGUCAGUGUCCGUGGUUGAUGGGGACGGUAACAUGACGUCAAUGUCCAUGUUUGAUGGGGAUUGUAAAAUGACGUAA